CACAAAGACAGCCUGAACAUUCUUUGCCCUUAUAUGGCUAAAUCCCUGCUGUGGGCCGGCUCUGUUUGGGAGAACAGAGACCUCUGAUUGGCUGAGAGUAAAAUGGGAGGGGCGCAUUACUCGAUCUGAUGCUCUGAAGAAACUUUUGUGUCCCGUAAGUCUAACUGUCUCACUCUCCAGCACAAAAAACACCGUCCAGUGGACAGCACAAUCCAUUAUCUGUAGCAAAGACCUGAAUCACCAUCAACAUGUCCAGCAAGCGAGCGAAGGGGAAAACCACUAAGAAGAGGCCACAGAGAGCCACUUCAAAUGUGUUUGCCAUGUUUGACCAGUCACAGAUCCAAGAGUUCAAAGAGGCCUUCAACAUGAUUGACCAGAACCGAGACGGAUUCAUCGAUAAAGAGGAUCUGCAUGACAUGCUGGCCUCUUUGGGUAAGAACCCGUCUGAUGAUUACCUGGAGGGAAUGAUGAGUGAAGCACCAGGUCCCAUCAACUUCACCAUGUUUCUCACCAUGUUUGGAGAACGGCUCAAUGGAACCGACCCGGAGGACGUGAUAAGGAACGCUUUCGCCUGCUUUGAUGAGGAAGGAUCUGGUUUCAUUCAUGAAGACCACCUGCGAGAGCUGCUGACCACUAUGGGAGAUCGUUUCACAGAUGAAGAGGUGGACGAGCUUUUCAGAGAGGCUCCCAUUGACAAAAAGGGAAACUUUAACUAUGGCGAGUUCACUCGGAUUCUCAAACAUGGGGCCAAGGACAAAGACGACAUGUAGACGAUCAGAGCGCAUCAGCCACAGCUGGACAGCACAUUACAAACACAUACAUGAGAAACAUCCACUGGUGAAAAACAGCAUUUCAUGCGACAAAUAUUUGGUGAUCUAUAAAAUAAGUAAUUCUAUCUCUAAAUGUAUUCAGUACGAUCAGAUUACAUUGCAAACCAUCUACAAUGUAUAUUUUGCAUUUUUAUGGGGGACUUAAGAAAUAUCUACAGUAUGUUUGAGUAGGUUGAAGCAGCUGUGGCUCGAUCUGUGCAACUCAGAAAUUAAACUAUUACAUUGGAGAUGCCAUAAACCUGUUUAGAUGUAGUGCAAAUUUAUUUUUGUGUGUGCAUUUAUAAGGAUUCUCAGCAUCUCCUUUUUAUUGAUCGAGAUUAACCAAUAUCAGAGUAUUUUUAAGGCAAGACACUACUGGCAAAACCAUUGGGUUCAGUAGUCAGAGCACUGAUCAGGGAGUUGGCCAUUUUAAUUACAUUUCAUUCCUAAAAACAUGGUGACAGUUCAUAUUUUCUGGUUGUUGACACUAUUUUUUGAUUAAUGGAGUAAUAAAAAGAGAAACCCAAAAUCCCCUCGUCAACAAAAUCAAGAAUUUUGAACCUGGCUUUAUCCAGUGUUCUGUUCUGGAAAUGUAUGCAAAUUAGCAAAUAUUUAAAUUAGACCAUGCAUAUUUAAACAUAACAUUUUAAUACAAAAAUGGUCUUAAGUUUACUGUGAUUACUCAACUGGGGAAAGUAUGGCUAUAUUAUACACACACAUAUACAUACACACACAAGUUAACAAUUUUACCCUAUAUUCACAUAUUCACAUGUAGUGACUUGCCUUAUACAUUUUGAAGUGAGAUGGAUAUACAAAAAGAUAAACAUCUGAAUAUGAAAUAUCGGUCAUCUCCUUUCAAAGCUGUAUAUUAUCCAGGAAAAAAAAAAAAAAAAAAAAGAAAAAAAAAAAAUAUAUAUUGUGCCUCAGACUUUGGGAUGUGUAGAAUUUUCAGUGGUACUGCAACUUAUAUUUCCCCAUCAAACCUGUGAAUAUCUGGCUUAUAAAAUGUGUGAUUACAUGUGGCAGCUCUCAGACAUGAAGUCAUCCACCAUACAAACAUGACGUAUUUUAUACUGAAAUAAAGAUGGUCUCAUACUACA